GUCUGUUUUUUUCUGCUGCUCACUCUUUUUCCUUCGAGCCCUUCAACUUCGUAGGUCUCCCUGGACUGUACUGUAAUAGGACAUCAUGUUUCCUCGCGCACUACCCCUGCUCCUGCUGUGUAUCUCUGCAGGCUUGGCUGCGACUCUUAUCCAGGCUUCAGUAGAUGCGGCCUCAGUAGAUUCGCCUGCUGAUGAAAGCCCAGAUGUUAAUCAGGAGAAUCAGGCAGAGCAUGUUUUAAUGGCAGAUGCCCCUGUUGAGGGAAAACCUGCACCGAGUGCCACAGAAGAAUCUGAGGACGAUGAUGACUGGGGGUUCGGCUCUAUCCGAGGAAGUUUACAGUCAGUCAAUGGCUAUUUUGACUCAAUACUGGAGUUGAUGGGAGGCCGUGAUGGUGUAUGUCAGUACCGCUGCAGAUAUGGUAAAGCUCCUCAGCCUCGUCCUGGCUAUCAGAUGUCAGAACCUGAUGGUUGUAGCACGUCACUGCUUGGCUUCCAGGUACCGAAUAGUUUUGAUAUGGGUGUCCCAGCCAUGACCAAAUGUUGCAACCAGUUAGAUAUUUGCUACGAAACCUGUGGAUCCAACAAGUACCGCUGUGACACCAAAUUCCGCUGGUGCCUCCACAGCAUCUGCGGUGACCUGAAGAAGAGUCUGGGCCUUAUGUCCAAAGUUGAAGCAUGUGAGACCUUUGCAGACACCAUGUACAACACUGUGUGGACUUUGGGCUGCAGACCCUUCAUGAACGGCCAAAGGGCGUCCUGCUAUUGCGAAGGAGAAGAGAAGGAUGAGCUCUGAAGACCAACAAAAUCACAAAACACACCACCUUCAGCACAUAUAAACACUUCAUAGCUUUAAACUAUACCACACAAGGCACGAGUCACAUUCAAACAAGUCACAUUUCACUACAAACAUUGAGUAGAAACUAUUGAUCGACAUUAAUUUGAAGUGAAAUGUGACCUUCACACGUUGUGGAGAUUCAUCCACUAACCCUUGAACUGGUGCUAUUGGAUUUUGUCAGACAAGAAAAAGUUUAUAUGGUAUAUGGGUGUCGUUAUCGCAUAUGUAUUGUGUGUGUGUGUGUGAUUGUGUAUAGGUUUCGCACACAGAAAUCUGAUAUAUGGCAAUAUAUGCAAAUUUCAUAUAUAACAUACAAGUUUAUAUUUGAAUUUCACAUAUAGAAAAAUCAAUGGUUCAUUCCACUGUGUCAGCCUCUAAAAUAAAGACUAAGCUGAAGGGAAAUGACUGAAUAUAGAAAAAUAGAUAUCCGUUUAUGUGUAUAUUUUAAGUUUCAACCAUUUUAAUUACAGAUGUGUACUAUGCAUAUGUGUGUGUGUCAUAUAUGAACACAAAAUGAUUGCUAAUAUAUUUGAACCUAUACGGUAUGUACAUGUUUGUAAUUAUAAUGGUUGACAAACUAUAUAUGUAAACAGCCAUUUUUGCUACAUACACUUGUAUGUCAUAUAAUUAAUUUGCAUAUAUUUCCAUAUGUCGGAUUUCUAUAUGGGUUGUUAUAUGGGAAGACAACAUUUAACUUCUUAUGACCAUAGAUGAAGCCAUUAAGACGUAGAGAAUUCACACAAGUAUUGGUACCGAACUAAUAUUUAAUAUAUUAAGGAACUUUUGUUUGGUGAUGAUCUAUAUAUCAUGGUAAUAUUUAUGUAAUAUUACUGCAUUACUAUUAUUUUCUUCAAAUGUAACUAAAUGUAGAAUCAGUGCUCAGCAAAAACACGCAGGAAUGUUUUUCAUUGUGAGUAAAGACUGAACGAAAAAGACUCGGCUGUAACAUCCCUUUAUUUCGCCCAGUAAAACUCUGCUAAUCAUAUAUGCAAA